UAACGGACAGAACCGAAAACAUGAUUCGAACGAUUCUUGUAAAAGAUGGAAAGAAAUUCCAUGUGACUUUAUCGUCGACUGUGUUUUCAUACACGUCUACUAAAAAGAUCAAUGGAAAACUUCAAAGUGGUAAAAUUGCAAUCGAUCAGAUGAUUGCCCUAAAAUCGGAGACGACCAGGAAGGGUGAUUCUUUGCACUUAACGGGAAUUAUUCUGUACAUUGCCAAAGAUGUGACCAGUUCGAAACUGUCAGUGAAAAAACUCAUAUUUCACGGGGAAGGCGAUACCUUGGACAAAUUAGUGAAAACUAUCCAAUCAAGACUUAAAGACAGCACCAGACCACGGGAAGUGUUGGUGAUUAUCAAUCCAAACAGCGGACGAAAGAAGGCAAAAGAAGUCUUUCAUAAGAAGGUGGAGCCCUUUUUCCAGUUGUGUGGAAUCAAUUCAAAAGUUAUAGUUACCGAGCGACCAAAGCAAGCACAGGAAAUCCUUCAAACUGUUGACUUAACUGACGUUGAUGCCGUCGUCACUGUUGGUGGAGAUGGCAUAGUCUGCGAGUGUCUCAGCGGCCUUGUAAUGAGAGCGCAGAAGGAUGCUGGGAUUGAUUUUAAUGACCCGGAUGCAGAAACAGUUUCAUCAAAAAUUCCAAUUGGCAUUAUUCCAGCUGGGUCUGGUGACUGCAUUGUGCAAUAUCUACAUGGAAGUCGUGACGUCAUGACAGCAGCCAUAUACAUCGCAUUAGGCAAGACACGACCUGCCAGUGCUGCGAGUAUCCACCAGGGUCACAAGCUCUCUUUGUACUCGGGCCUACUGGUUGGCUUCGGUUUGUUCGGCGACAUCAUGAAAGACUGUGACAAAUUCAGAUGGAUGGGCGCAUCACGAUUUAACAUAAUCCCAAUGGCCACCGUGUUGCGACGUCGUAUGUUUGACGCCGAGAUCGAGUUUCUGCCCACGGACUCGAUGGAGUGGCAGAAGCUGGAGACGGAGGGGAAGCUGUACGGGGUGGACACCUACACGAUAACCAGGAGGGCGAAAGACAAAGACAGCAGGAUGAUUCCCUGCUUCGGCGACGACGCCCUCACGAUGUUCACCACGAGCAAGUGCAAGUUCUCAGAGCACGUGCGGCACCUCAUCUCCGUAAAGGAGCACAGACCUGACUGUUUCGACUUCGAUUUCGUGAAACAACGCCGAGUUAGAGGUUACAGGGUGAAGUUGAGCGGAGGUCCCGUGACUACGAACAGUGACGGAGAGACCGUCUUGGUUGACAAAUAUUACAUAAACUGUGACGGCGAGGUCAUAACUGUAUCAAAACCGGAAUUUGAAGUCCGGCUGCACAAACAUGUAAUUCCGCUGUUUGGAAACUUGAAUGAGUGAAAUUAAAGAAAACGAAAAUCUUCUUUAUGGACGCUUUCUACAGGUUAGACACUUGGAAAAGGAACUCCUCAUUAGGGAAUGAGGCAUUGCAUUAUCGGUCAUGUUGCCUCCUUACCGGAAGGAGCUCAGUUGGACGUCGGGAUAGAUGCAUGGCAGAAAUGAAUUUAUGUUCUUGGUACCAGUUCUACCCAGAGAAGUGAUAUGAAGUCGCGAGAAUAACACCUGAAUUACGAUUGUUGAAGUUUUUGACCAUGUAAGAACUGAAGGUGGCGUCUUCUUGUCAAGCAUUACAAGAAGAACAUAGACGUCGUGAGGAUUAUAAUGGACUAGUACAUUGUAUGGUUCACAUUUAUGUUUUUAAGGCGAAGAACUGGUAAAAAAAUACAAACAUUAUUGCCAAAAAGGAAGUUUGUUUGGACCCACGAACCCCCACUAAUAAUGCGCCAGAAAGUGCUUGAAUUGUGUGAAUAAAAUUUACAGGCGUUUUGAUAAUGUCGCGAUCGGUUAACAGGCUAUUAAAAUCGUUCUCUUUACUUGAAUUGUUGUUAAUGGUUGUGACUUAAGAUGCUACAUUUUGUAUGUGUAUUUUGUGCACGGUUUUAAAAUAGCAUUAUCAAAGUUAUCAUUACUUGUUGAACAUUAUAUUGAUGUUUGGAGAUGGUUUAUCAUUACUUUGUAUUAAUGUUUGGAGAUGUUUUAUAUUUGUAAAGUAUAAACUCUUUCACAUGUACGCACUUCCAAACAGGACUCAAUAACAGCACAUCGAACAGUAAAGCUUGUCCGACAUUAAGGACAUUUAUUUUUAGCAAAUGACACCAUUCCAGUUAGGAUGACAUAAUAAUAAUGUUCGCUUACAAUAGGCCUGAAGGUCGUUGAGCAAUCAUGCAUGUUGACAUAAAAUACAUUGACAUGCAUGCGUUAUAUGAUGUAUUUACUUACGUAAAAGAGCUGAAAGGUGUGGAUUACGACAUUGUGAUGAUGUUAUUUUAAACGUUUUACGUUAUAAGACGGUUAUAUCCGGGUACAAUCAGUUGCAACACAUUGGACACUGAUUCGCUGCGUGCAAUCAAACUUGAUAUUAAUUUAUAUUUUGUUAUACGACUUGUUUUCUUGCCAAACUAUUUAUGUGUAUAUUUAUUUUUUACAUAAAAUUUAAUAAAUAAUAAAACUACAA